AUGCGUACACACUCGUGAGCCGCUACGCGCUACAUCCUAGUGUGCGUGUGCGUUGGUGAAACAGCUUCACAGCUAAAAUGGCUCGAGCAGGCAGAGCAGACUCUUGCUGAGACCACCGUAAACCGUGCCAGCAGCCACAGUUCACUGGUUCGCGUUUGCUAAGUGCGUGUGAUCGCCCAAGUGCGUAUGUGUGUCUGUGCAGCAGUGUGAUGAUGCUGUGUGCAUCCUGAAACCUCGGAACUCGGAACGCUUCUUCCCCGGGUGUGUGUGUGUAUGCGCGGAUGUGCUUACUCAACGGCCAGCAGCAGCAGCAGCAGCCCUAAAGGUGUGCGGUACAGUUGGUACGAUAGAGUACAGGGGACGACCCAGCACAUCAAGGCAUGCAAGCCGUCGGUACGUACGCAGUCGGUGCUUCGCCAGUGUUUGUGUGUGUGCGUCUAGCGUUUAGCGACGGUGUGGAAAGCAGCAGCAGCAGCAGCAGCAGUACCGAGACGUCGUCAGUGCCGACUUGACGCGAAUCGAUCAACGUCCGCCGUCGCCUGGAACAGUGGAAGCAUGUACAUUUAAACAGUGCUUUUGUGUGUGUGUAUGUUUCCUAAAUGUAAGUGUGUCUGCAUUACGGCUCAGUGACACCAGACGUGCCAAAAUGUAACAAAGACCACAAAGAAAAAGCAAUAGUAAAACCGUGGUGCAAUAUAUAAGGGGAAGAAAAUGAACUUUUCCUCGCAAAAGACCCCUAAGAUCAGCUUCUUAUUUUAACCGCACGUGUGUGUGUGUGUGUAGAGAAAAGGGAUUAAUUGUGUAAUAAAAAAGUGCAUCGAAGUGGUUAAAGAGCACCCAGCAAAGAAAAAAAAACAUACAUCAACUCCACUACCAAAUCGUUCAAAGCGAACGUCGCUCGACGAAAGUAUGCGUGUUGCGGCGAGAAUGUGCCGAAAAGAGAGCCCAACCUCGCACGAUCGAAUGUGAGAGAGAGAGAGAGAGAGAGGGGAAAAUAGAGUGUGUGCGGCCUCGACAGCACACAGCAAGCCUAGUACAGCGAGCGAGAGAGAGAGUACCCUUUGUUGAGCACUCUCUCUAUCACACACAUACACAGCUGCUGUGUGUGCAUUGAGUCCGGUGUGUUGGUCGCCCUUAGACGCGCUUGGUUGUGCUUGAACCGGUGUGUGCGUGCGCGUGUAUCCUGUUUCGUGGCCGCUGUGCAAUUGUAUGUGUGUGUGUGUGUGUUUGAACAGAUCCAAACGCACACUCUCGAACAGUUAGUGAAGGGUAGGGAGAAGACCCAACAACCCUCUAAGCGUGUGUGGUUCAGCCUCUCAUCAGCUCAUCAGUUUUCAUCGGUUAACUGUGGUGCGAGCUUGGCAAGUCUACUUCGUCGUUGGUGCAAGCGUUACCUUGCCCACCCUUCUUGGCGUUUAAUGAGUUGUGCGAAAUUGUGUGGCUGUCGUUUUAUCGGUUAAAGUCUUGAAAAGCCCCUAGAAGGUAGAAGGAGGAAUUUAAUCCACUCCUAAGUACAUACACCACAAACAAAACGAGGAUACCCGAGCUAUAGGAGUGCGAAAUUGUGCAAAAGUAUUUAUUGUGUGUCGGCUGGUAAAGUUCAGUGUAAGAAAAAAAAAUCAGUGCGACGUGUAUAUGCGAGUGUACAUCGUUUCGCUGCGCAAGAAAGUGGCUCUAUUUUAAUUUGUUCAAUUCACCACCAAAGUGUGUGUGUGUGUUUGUGUAGAUGUGUGUGCGUGUCUAUGUGUACAGCAGUGCGUUCGUCUGUGUAAAACGUAAAGCAAAAUAGUAAAAGAGAUCGUGCGGGUCCAAUGCAAUAAAUUAGAGCACACACAACACAGGUAAAGGUGAGAAGCUGCAAAAGAGAAAGUGCAUUGGUGGUGUAUCAGCAACAGCGCAACAUCGGCACGCAAAAGAAGGGGGAUGCAAUAUUGUAGAGAAAUUAUAGAAGAAAAUUAGCUCCCUCCUUACGCCACCACUACACCUACCCGUCUCUAGCACGCUGUACGGUGUGUGUGUGUGUGAGAGAAAGAGCAAUAAGCGAGUGAGAAGGAGAGCGAAAGAGAGUGUGCGGUGUGUUGUGGCUGUACCAAAACCCACCCGCCCGUGUGUGUGCAAUUAAAACCGUAGCGGUGUGUAUGUGUGCGGUUUUCAAAAUUAGUGUACCAAUGUUGUUGUUUACGGUUUACCCACUGCAACAACGCGACCGCGUUCGCCUGCCGCCGCCACUACAGCAGCGACCCUUGCUGCAUCGCCAGUAAACGGGGCGCACUGUUGUGUUUGUGUGUUUGUUUGUGUGUGUGUUGGGUAGCGCCCAAGUAUGCAAUAGCACACGAAUCGUCGUGGUAUCGUUCGCACACAGUUUUUUGUUUCUGUUAGUGGUGUGAAGCAAAGUGUGAAUUAAGGGAGCAAAAUAGAUAAAUUUCACGUACCGUGUGUACGAAGAAGAAUAAGGUCACACAGAAGAAAGGGCGAAGAAGAAAAUAGAUAAGAAAUUGUCUACGCGAAGUGUGUCAGUGUGUGUUCAUACUAUCCAUAGCGUACGGUGGGUGUGUGUGUCUGUAUACAUAUACAAACGGGCGCGUGUUGCUAAAUUUGCCUCCGCUCUCGUCGGUACGGUGCCGUAGUGUCGUCGUCAACACAACACACCAACUGCUACAACAGCAACAACAACAACAACAACAGCAACAAAAACCAACGCUCUUAAAUUACACCUGUUCGUCCGUAAGAAAAUGUUCGUUACAACAAUACAAGCAUGACGCACCAGAAUCACCAAACUAACGGCGCCAGUUUGGAAGAUUGCCACACAAACUUCUUCGCUUUGACUGACCUCUGCGGCAUCAGAUGGCGUCAGCUGGUUCUCGGUGAGCGACCGAACGCGGCCGGCGAUCCGCUCGACGAUCCGGUCGUGCGCUCCUACUCGAAAUGUCUCGCCGUCGACAUACUGUGCGUGUGGCGGAGGGUGGUCGCCCCCAAGCCGAAACCGAAGCCGGAACCGGACCCGAGCAGCAUGUUCGACAUGAGCAUACCGGGCACCGGUAACAGUGGGUCCGUCGUCCAUCCGCCCCUCUCGCUGACCGCCGCCAAGGAGCUGUGGAUCUUCUGGUACGGCGAGGAACCGGACCUAACCGAUCUGGUCGCGCCCGAGCUGCUCAAUUCAUCCGAAGCCGGCGACAAAGGAUCCUGGGAGAAUGGACUCUCGUACGAGUGUCGUUCGUUACUGUUUAAGGCGCUACACAAUGUGAUCGAAAGAUGCCUACUAUCGCGAGGUUUCGUGCGGAUCGAGCAAUGGUUCGUUCAUCCCACCUCGAACGACGAACGGGUGUUCGGAAAGAGCUCCCAUCAUGCCUCGUUCUCGUUCACGUUCUUCGUGCACGGUGACAGUACCGUCAUCACGGCGAUGGACAUCCGCGAGCAUCCGCCGGUGCGGCUGCUGACGAUGAAGCACCUGGAAGAGGCGCAGCGGGCCGCAGCACCCGGUGCCGCCGCCGCCGCCGCCAGUACACCUGGUGGCCCGGCGAGUCCGGAUGGCGGGCUGAAUGCUGCCCCCGGGUGUGCGCCCGGUUCGCCCGGCGGAUCGUCCAGCGGCGCCGUCGUGCCGGCCGAUGAUGCGAUCGAACCGCGGGAAGUGCUGCUGGCCCCGUUCGCCAUUACCGGCACGCUGACGGGGCAAAGCUACCGGGCGAGCGAUCCGCACACGCAGAAAAUUCUCGACGACUGGAGCGCGUUCUAUCCGAUCACGAACAAGCACAGCGGGCUGGCGGACGGGGCGGACAGCAUGCCGCCGCUGGUGGAGGUGCUCGUCGGCAAGAUGAAGAUGCGCUACCCGUCGAAGUACGUGCUGGUGCCCGACAUGGACGACUGGACGUCGGCGGGCGACGCGAGGAGCAAUAGUAGUAGUAGCAGCAGCAGCAGCAGUAGUAAUAGUAGUAAUACCAACAGCAAUCAAACCACCACGCCGGCCACGGCAGCCGCCUCGAUUGCAGCGUCCGUGCUGAGCCGCAUCAACAGUGCGUCGGAACGGUCCGGUGGUGGCGUCGCCAGCAACAGCACCACCAGCAACACCAUCAACACAACCAGCAAUCAAACGGCGGCUGCUGGCAGCAGUAGUAGCAAUGCUGCUGCUGCUGCUGCCGCUUCCUCCGCCCGCCCGAAGGACACGGCGAACGAGGCGUCGGCGGCGGCACCCUCUCCCACCGGUACGCUGCGGCAGCGUAAUCACCACAAGUCCAUGAUGACCCCACCGCUCACCGUGCCGGAAUCGCCCUCGAACGAUCUCGGCAAUCCGCUCAGCAUGUCGUCGGCGUUGAUCAACAAGUCGCCGGCCGUCAUCCUGCCCGAGCGGGUCUGGCAGGACUGCAUCAUGCAUGCGUCCACGCCUGCCGCCGCCACCGCUGCUAGCAGUGCGGGCAGCGGCACGACGGCAACCACCACCACGACCACCGCGCCCGGGAGUGUAACGAUCAAAACGGAACCAAAGGAUAAUACCAGUGGCAGCAAUAGCAGUACCAACAACAACAACAGCAACAGUAAUAGCAGCAGUGGCGGAGGGGACGAAAACUCAUCCGGCGCGGCCAACGGGGUCGACGCGAACGGGAACUCCUCCGUGUGGGAGAUCAGCGACCCGACGGUGAAAGUUUCCUGCUGCUGCAUCAAGUGUUGCAAGCGACCACCAUCUUCCUCGUCGUCAUCGUCCUCGUCGUCCGCUUCAUCCUCUGCAAGUGGACGAACACAGCAGCAGCAGCAGCAGCAGCAGCAGCAGCACACGAUCGGUGCAGUAGGCAGCUCCUCGGCAAAUGCAACCGGCGGUAGCAGCAGCAGCAGCAGCUUGUCCAAUCCCUACUCGUCCAUCUCAUCGCCCGGAGGUGGUGGUGCCGCUGCUGCCGGAGGUGGUGGGUCUUCGCAUCCACACCCGAAAUCGUCCUACUCGAUCACUUACCCUGGCAGCAGUAGUGGUAGUAGCCGUAGUAGCCACUACCAUCACCAUCAAUCGACGAAGGACCAUCACCACCACCACCACCACCAUCAUCACCACCGGCCGCAAAGGAUUGCCUUCCACAAGCGACCUCCGCAGGAGGCGCUCUUCCGUCCCGGCACCGAACCGUUGAGCCUGUCUGCUGCUGCCGCCCUGGCCGCCGCCGCUGCUGUUGCUGCUGCCGCCAACGCCGCCUCCUCGCCUGGAGCCGUUUCUUCCGGUGACAGCGCAGCCGAUUCGCUCGAACUGGCCGACACGUGCUUAAGAUCAAACCAAAACUGUGCCGCAAACAGCGGCGGUGGUGGUGGCGGGAACAGUGGAGCUUCCAAUACGACCGGCGCUGCCCCCGGCAGCACAACGCCCUACGGCGGGUUACCUUCCUACUGUCGCAAUCCGAUGUCGAUCGGUGACUCGCAUCCACUGCCGUCGGAAGGUUCGCCCGCCAGCGCGGCACCGUCCCCGAUGCAACCUUCCUCCGUUUCGCAACCAACCUCCGUACCCUCCGGCGAUCAGCUCAUCACAAUGUCACCCCAUCCACCUGCCUCGAACAACCCGCGCAGUGUGCAGCCCGGUACGCCCUGCCUGGACCAUCUGGACAAGAACACACCGGCCCCGACGCCAACCGAUCAGCACGAUAGUAAAAGCAUCAACGCUUCCCCGUAUCACACACCUUCCCAUCCGGGUGGUGGUGGUGGUGGUGGUGGAGGCGGAGGCAGCAGUGGCGGCACUACCGAAGGAGGACAGCAGCAGCAGGCUAGCGCCAACCUGAUGGGCAAUUCGUCCAGCAGCAGCAGCAGCAACAGCAGCAGCAACGGUAGCAACAGCAGCAGUAACUCGAGCAACUCGCUCAGUGCGCUGAAAGCAUCGCCCCGCAGCUCGCUGUCGUCCUCGGGCAUCGGCAGCCUGAAGGUGCGGUCGGAGUCGUCGCUCGGGGCGGGCGGUUCGUGCUCGCUUGGCAGUGGUGGUGGCAGUGGCGGCGGCGUACCGAUGACGCCCAGCAUCCACAGCGUGUUCAGCUCGGCGCACCAGACGGCGUUGGCGAACAAUCUGGCCAGCAAGCGGGAAUCGAUCCUGCAGAUGCUGCAGUCGCUGAAGCGGCCGUCGCUGUUCUGCAAGGACUACGAGACGCUGCAGGGCGAGGACAUUCCCAGCACGUCGCAGCUGCUGUACGACUACACGUGCGUCGACGCAUGGAUGAACCAUCCGGUAAAGCGGAUGAGGCUGGCGGCGGAAGAGAAUCGGCUUGUGAAGAAGAUACGCAAUCUCGACCUGUACGCGAACGAGCACAGCCGCACGAUGGCAUCCGGUCCCGGUUUGGCCGGCAGCGGGAACGGCACUAACGGCGGCAUCGGCACAAACGGAAUGCUGAUGAAGGGUGCGGCCGAAGCGUCCGAAGCGCUGGCGGAAGCGCUCAGCGGUGGUCGGCCCGGCACUGGUGGCGGCAGUGAUAAUGGCGCACCGAACAAUGGGGCCGGCUGUACGCCGCUGCUCGGCCAGAUCAAGAUGGAGAUUGGCUGCGACGGCAGUCAGGCCGGUACAGCGGUCGGCAGUGCCAACGGUGGCACGCCCGACCGUAACGGAGCGUCCGCGGGCAAUGGUGGAGCGGGCGACGGUGCGCUGCUCGGUGAGCACGAGAUAAAGAAGGAAAAGGAGGACAAGGGUUCGAUCUUUCUGACCGAUCAGGAUCUGCAGCCGUCGAUCGACGAUUUGAACCAGAUCUUCGACGACGGUGGCCCGUUCAACGAUGAUCCGGAUCUGCACAACACACCGCCCGGGUCGAACAAGAGCAGCAGCGGCAGUGGGGGCUUCUCGGAGGAGAGUAAACGCUUCCCCAGCUCGAACCAUCACUCGGUGAACAGUGGCAUGCUGAGCCCGAAGGAGCUGUCGCAGAUGUUCCCCACGCCGCCGAGCCUAGAUCCGCAUCCUAAUUCGAGCCCCGGGGGCGGUGGCUGUCUGUCCGACGGCGGCUCGAUUGCGCUCGACACACUGGUCGACCUGCAGAUGUCACUUUCAUCCGGGGCGGGUAGCGGUGGUAACGGUGGUAGCGGGGGAACGAGCUCGGUGCCACCGAUACCGAACCUGGGCAGCCCGCAGGAGGAACCGAUCGACGAUUGGUCGUUCGUGUUUCUCCCGCCACCGAUCUGCCCGUACGUGGGCUCGUCCAAGUACGCCCCACUCCCGUCGCUGCCGAGCCAGCAGGUGAUGCCGCCCAUCCCGACCAGCACGGUCGCCGGGCUGGUGUACAAAUCGACCCGCCAGAAGCAGAAGGAGCAGGCGGCGGCCGAGCGGGAAAAGCAGAAGCAGCGCGAGCAAGCCGAACGGGAGCGAGAGCGGGAACAGAAGCAGGAGCAGCAGGAUCAAGCCGACGGUCAGCCGGAAAGCGGUGGCCAAGGCGGCGCUGGAGGAGGCCCCGGAAGGCCGGUGGGCGUUGCUGGCCCCACCACCACGGCGUUGGGCGUUGGGCUGGGGCUGCUGCCCAUCGUCAAGCAGGAGGUGGGAGGGUUGACCGUUCCGCAGCCGCUCAGCACCCCGAACUCGCUGCUCGGCGGGCUGAGCGGCCUGAACGGCGGGUCGCUCGCCCACCCGUACUCGAACCCACCGUCGCAGGGCGCCCAAUCGCAGCCCCACUCGCGACCCCCCUCGGUGAACUCGCUCCCGGGGGGCAUCAUGGGCAGUGGGGCGGGUAUGCUUUCCCCCUCGCCGGCCGGCACGUCGGGCGGUGGUCUGUUCCACCCGGGUGGCAUGGGCGGAAUCCCGGUACCGCUCCGGCAGGGCAUGUCGCCCAUUUCGCCCGCCACGCCCGGCGGCUCGAUGCGCGUGCCAACGCCGCAGGGCUCCUGCCCGCUGCCCUACCCGUCGCCGCUCGGCGGUGCCGGCAGCCCGAACCCGAUGGGUUCGCUGAACUUCCGCCGCACGACGCCGCUGCUGCCACCGCCCCCGUACGAUGUGGCGAUCGCCAGCCCGGCCAAUUCCGUCGCGACGCCCUCCUCCUACCACAGCAAGCAGUACCCGCUCGACGGGGUGGACAGCGGCGGGCCCGGCUCAAACCGGGGCCCCAUGACCCCGUCCUCGACGGGGGGCAGUGGCCCCCUCGGUGCUGGGACCGUCCAUCCGCCGCUCUCUUCCAGCGGUGUUGGCUGCGGGACCGGUACGCCCGCCGGCAGCCGCAGCAUCGAAACGAACGCACUGCUCGUGAACGUGCUGCUGUACGAUACGGCGCUGAACAUCUUCCGCGAUCACAACUUCAAAAGCUGCACCCUGUGCGUGUGCAAUGCGGGCGCUAAGUGUGUGGGCAACAUCCGGGGCGCGGACAGUGGCCUCUACCUCGCGCUGCCCGGCACGAACUGGAUGGAUUCGGUGACGGCGGCCGGCGCCGAACCGAUCCCGAGCACGACGCCCGGACCGGCGGGCGGAAGAAGUAAGGCGAGCGCGCUGGCCCAUCUCGGGCUCGGUGGCGGUGGUAGCAGUAGUGCCUUCGGCGCCAGUAUGCUAGGCUCCCCGGCCGUGGGUCGGCAGGAGGACAAGAUGGCGGCGGUUACAAUCAACACGGACAGCCUGCAGAAUGGCUACCUGGACGAGGAUCCGAUCGACUGCCAGUGCGGGUUCAGUGCGGUCGUCAACCGACGGAUGGCGCACCGGGCCGGCCUGUUCUACGAGGACGAGAUGGAGAUAACGGGCAUGGCGGAGGAUCCGGCCGUGCACAAGAACGGCUCGCUGUUCGAGUUUCUCAACGGGACGGCAAAAGCGAUCAAGCUGGAGGACGCGGACCGCGGAGCGUUGGCGACUUCCGCCGGCGGCUCCUCCUCUGCUGCUGGCGGAGAUAGUUUGCCGCUGACGCUCAAGGUGAUGGAUCUGCUGCGGGAGCAGUGUUCCGUGGUGCAGAGUUCGAGCAAUUCCAUCCACCGGGCGGUGAACCGGUACCGGGGGCCCCUGUUUGGCCGUGGCACCGAGAACGGAGCGGUCCACCUGCUCGAGUAUGUGGACGCGAACGAUGUGAUUAGCUUGGCGCUGGAGCAGGGCCGACUGCAAGCCAUCAACGAGAGCAAGAUGGAUGUCGACCAGCAGCAGCAGCAGCAGCAGCAGUCGUCGUCGGGCGCGCUCGUGAAGGGCGGAACGCUGCGCGGCCAGAUGAACGUGCACAAGUGGCCGUUCCUGCGGGCCGGUGGCCCCAAGAGCAACCAGGACAUUGUGCGCAUCAUGAAGUCGAUGCAGCCGCUGCUGCAGGACGCCUUCCACAAGCGCUGCACGACCCGGCUCUGGGACGCACCGUACACGAUACAGGGGCCGCUCACGUGGCGCCAGUUCCAUCGGCUGGCCGGGCGCGGUACCGGCCAGUGCGAACCGCAACCGAUCCCGUCGCUCAUCGUCGGGUACGAGAAGGAUUGGCUGUCGCUGGCGCCGUACGCGCUCCACUACUGGGACAAGCUGCUGCUCGAACCGUACUCGUACCCGCGCGACGUCGCGUACGUCGCGAUCGUGCCGGACAACGAUUACGUGGUGGCGAAGGUGCGCACCUACUUCAAGGAGCUCAGCACCACGUACGAGAUGUGCAAGCUCGGGCGGCACACGCCGAUCAAGGGCUGGGACGGGAUACUGCGCGUCGGCAGCCAGCGCGUGCUGAAGGAAACGCAAAACUCCAACCUGGACGAGUGGUUCACGAACAUGGGCGUGGAUCAGCAGCGCAAAAAUGGCACCACCGCCACCGCCGGGUCGGCGGGCUCUUCCUCUUCCUCUUCCGGGUUGAACGAGCUGCUGCGGCUGUACGCUCAGACGUGUCAGCAGCAGCUCGCCCCGUACCUGUCCAAAGUACCGUCGGACAAGAGUUUGCUCGAUCCGCCGGAAAGCCAUCACCACACGUCGUCUUCCGCGUCCGCUUCGGCUUCGCUCGGGGGCGGUGCGGCUGGUGCUUCCUCGCUCGGCGGCGGUUCGAUGGGCCAGCCGGGUGGCAAUGCGAUGGGCCAGAACCGGCCCGACGGACCGGGACAGAGUCCGAUGCCACCGCCGCCGCCCAGUACGCCGGAUUCAUCGCAGCCGGGCGAUAAGGCACCGAACACGCCCAAGUUUGAUCACGAUUCGGAAAAUCGCGACCAGCUGAAUACUUCCUCCGCCAGUCCGGCCGACGGUAUGCGGAUCGACGACGAUGGGAAGGAUCCGCCCCAUAUCGUGCUGUACAUCGUGGAACCGUUCACCUGCGGUAACGAUUCGCCGGACGUGGAACGGUUGGCUUGUCUGUCGCUGCUGCGGUGCUACUCGAACAUUCUGAACGCCGUCCCGGACUCGAUACGCAGCAAUAUCAGUGUGCAGAUCAUCUCGCUGGAAAGCAUCCUCGAGCUGGGGCGCAACCGCAACCGAUUGCGCCUCAGCGACCACAUGCGCUGCCUGGCGCUGAGCGUCUUCUCCCAGAGCCGCAAGUACCUCGCCCACAUGAACACGGUCAAAAGCUUGACCGGGUUCGGGACGGCCGCCAACGCGGAACAGUUCAUCAAGCGCAAGGACGACAAAAACCGCGUCCCGUACCGGCUGUACACACCGCCGUACGUGCUGGCCCGGUCGUGCGAGAAGAGCGAAAACACGGAAUCGUUCGGCAAGACGAGCAUGAAGCAGCAGUGCUCGAUCAUGUACUGUAGCUACUGUUUGAGCGAGGACCAGAGCUGGCUGCUCGCGGUGGCGACCGACGAUCGGGGCGAGUUUCUCGAAACGGUCACGAUUAACAUCGACAUUCCGAACCGGGGCCGGCGGAAGCGUGCCUCGGCCAGGCGGUACGGGCUGCAGAAGCUGAUGGACUUUAUCCUCGGGCUGAUCUCGCAGACGGUGCAGCCGUGGCGGCUGGUGGUCGGGCGCAUCGGGCGCAUCGGGCACGGCGAGCUGAAGGGCUGGAGCUGGCUGCUGAGCAAACCGAACCUGCAGCGCGCGUCCAAGCAUCUGAAGGACAUCUGCGAGCAGUGUUCGCUGAUGCAUCCGAUCGCGGUGCCGAGCAUACUGAGCGCCUGCCUGGUGACGCUCGAGCCGGACUCGGAUUUGCGCGUCAUGUCGGAUCAGUUCACGCCGGACGAGCGGUUCAGCCAGCGGUCGAUGCAGUCGCCACUGUCGACGCCGCAGGACGCGACCUGCACGCACAUACUGGUGUUUCCGACCAGUGCCAAAGCACAGUCUGCCCAGGCGUCGUUCAGCGUGAUCGGAGAGCUGGAUUUGGGAGAGGAUCUCAACAUGGUGAUCAUGGAUGGGGACGACGAUGAUGAUGGUAUCAACAUGAUGGACGUGUUCAAGUGUUGGGACGACUUGCCAAUGCAGCAGAUCAACAUGCCACACUCGCGACCGGGAAGCCCGUCACAGUUCGAAGGCAAUCAGCAGAGCCCGGGCGAAAGUGGCUCCAAGGGUGCCGGGUCCCGUGACGGUUACGGGUCGCAAGAUUCGGAAGAGGUCGGUUUGGUGCUACAGCAGCCGCUAGCAAUCGGGUACCUUGUGUCGACGGCCCCCACCGGCCGGAUGCCGGAAUGGUUCUGGUCCUCCUGCCCGCACAUGGAGAACGUGUGCCCGGUGUUUCUGCGCACGGCGCUGCAUCUGCACAGCCCGACGAUACUGCAGAACACGGACGAUCCGCUGCAGCAGAAUCAAUCGUCCACCGAGCAUCCGCUCGAUUCGAACAUUACCGCCGACGUGCUGCGGUACGUGCUCGAGGGCUACAACCUGCUGUCCUGGCUGGCGAUGGACUCGAACACGCACGAUCGGCUCUCCUGCCUGCCGAUACACGUGCAGGUGCUGAUGCAGCUCUACCACAUGACGGCUGCGUUGGCGUAAGAGACAGAAAGAGAAAAAGAGAGAGCAAAGCAAGCAUUCCAAAAAAUGGUUCCAUCAUCAUCAUCACCACCACCAUCAAAAUCCAAUCCGGACAGUAUCGCCACACACAUAGUGCACGAAGGAGCAGCAAGCAGGCGGAGACAACGCGUAAUGGCAGUAAUCGACUCACCGCAACCGCACCAUCUUUUUGGAUCACUCUGACCCUUGAUCUUCUUGACCCUGACGGUCUUUAUCUGUCUGUGAUAUUAGAUAAAAGAAAGGAGAGAACCGGAAAAGGGCCAACAAAAGCACGCACGCCCCCUUUCGCUUUGCCCCUCCUCCCCGUAACAUUUAACGAACAGCAGCACCCCAAUCGGAGGGCACACGAACCCACACAAUUACACUCUGUGCUGCGCGGACAUCUGAAUACAUCAACGGCUUCAUCAACGGCUUCAUCAAAGGCUUCAAGGCACAAAAGGCUCUAAAAGCGGUGCUCACCGCGUACAAUUGGAGCACAUUUUAGCACGCUUUUUUAACUUAUUAUUGUGUUUGUCCAUAGACAUGAUUGUGUUUUUCAUGAUUUUUCCCUUUUAAUAACCCGCUUAUUAUCAUAAUUAGCAAUAUUUUUCUGUUAACUUUCUUGUGCAAUGCGUUCAUUUUUAAAUGGGUGUAUAGGAAAUGCUGAAGGCAGACCAGUCAUUAGACAGGUGACCAUCGUCCCCUUUUGAUCCUUGUCAUUUCUUUCGUAUGGAAGAAUUUUUUUUAAAUUGACAAAUUUGUAAAUGUGUUUUUUUGUUUCCAAAUGGCACGACCGUUCCUUUUCUCGGUGCGUGAAGUAAUUGUAAUUUUUCCUAAAGUAUUUAUUAUAAUAUGCCAUUUUAAUGUAUGUUUUUUAUUCUGCUAUUUUUUAUGCUGCACCUACGAAAGCAUCGAUAGCUCAAAUCCCUUCUUUUUAUAUCGUGUCAAUAGCCACUAAACACAUAUCUUUCGGAAUAUUGUUUUACCCCCGUGCCGCGCAGUAUUGAUUUGCUCUCCUCGUCCCCAUCCCUCCUCCAUUUAUCCUACUGUAAGAAAACACAUCGGUUUCAAUGGAAAAUAAUACGAGAACAGUGUGGUGAUAGCCUCUAAUUGUUCACGCCGCAAGCAGCCACCCUGAAAGUCUGAAAUUACGUGCGACAAACAAACAAAAAGAGAGAGAGCGAGAGAGGAAAGAGGGUUACAAAAUAAAUGAUGCAAAAAUUAUUGUAAACUACACAAAACCAGAGCCCCCGCGCAGAGACAAGCGUACGAUUCGUUACUGAAGAACCCAAAAUUCGUCUCGACGGCUAUGGGAAAGAGUAUAACGAACAAAACACCAUCACCACCGUCACCGUGAAAAAAAAAAACAGGCACCAAACCAGGCGGCGAACCCGUUUUUAACUCCAAAGUCUCGCAACCAACCCGUACACGGAUCGUUAAAAUAUGUCAAUUGUGGGAAAAGUGGGAUAAGAAUGUUUCCCCCGGGGAGGGAAAGGUGCACUCUGUUUAAUUUAUUGCUGUGUUGGGAGUGUAUAAUACUAAAUGCCUUCAAGGAGUGUGAAGAUGAGAAGCAUUUGGAUGUUUCUGUAAGGAGAGGUGAAGCCAACCGCAAAUGCCAAUGUGUGGCGCUGCUCUUGAAAAGAUGGCUGACGAACGAUGGUUGAGAUAAAGUGCAAGUGGUAAUUUAAUAGAAUCAACAAGACGGAGCAAGCAUCCGGUUAACACGGAUUAGGUCGAAGAGGAGGAGUUUAGUGAGAAAUAGAAGGAAGAGGAGUAGUAUGUAAGUGGAUAGCUAAUAUUAAUUGUAGUACACACAAACAACCAACCAACCAACCAACCGAUACACACAAACAGGAGCGCUGAAGCUGUCCGAUGAACGGUAAUUUAAAUAGCAGUAACAGAGGAAACAGUAACAACAACAUUUCAUGUGUUAAAAUCAUCCAUGUGCAGCACAAGGUGCUUCUACAUAGAAACAUUCACAAACUAAGCCCAAACUCUAAAGCCUAAAGCUCGGUUGUAGCGAUAGUACAAGGGUCCAGCAGUGUAUAAUGUUGUUUUUCCUCCCCUUUUGAUUUUAGGUUCUCAAUCGCACUUGUCCUUCACACACACACACAUAAAAUGACCAAAAUUGUGCACAGAAAAAGGAAAUUCCGUAAAGAACAAGCGAACUGGACAGAAAUAAAGAGAAGAAGAGAAUGAUAGAGAGAGAGAGAGAGAGAGAGAGAGAGAGAGAGAGAGAGAGAGAGAGAGAGAGAGAGAGAGAGAGAGAGAGAGAGAGAGAGCGCGUGAAAGAGCUAGAGCUAGCCUAAGACAAAUUCUUUAAAACAAACAAACGCAACCCGAUCGAAGCUCUGAAGCGCGCUUGUACAGCGGUUUUAGAGAGAAAGGUGUUACUGUGUAUAGAAGGGAGAGCAGUAGAGGGAGAACAUGUAGCCCUGUAUUUUUUAAGCAUUCAAUUCUCGCAUACUCAAAGUAACGUUCCAUCGCGAAUAAGAAUAUCACCAUCAUGAUCAUCAUCAUUUAAAAUCAAAGCUCGAACACCCUUGGACACGGGAGGAAUGAUAUUUCUCCCGCAAAGGUACUAGGUAAGCGAUUAACAAAACAUUUUUUGCUAUUAAGGGUUGUAGUGUUGUGGUAGGUACUGUGGGGUAGAAAGAUACACGGGCAGCAACAGCGGACCUUGGUUCAACAUACUACCACCACCACAGCAAAAGCACUCACCAAACUCACGAUUUACUCACGAUCACACACACCCACACGCGCGCGAUGUCGUGAUUUAAAAGAUUUGUAAGGAUCAGUAAUUUUUAAGAGAUAUUUAAACGCAUCGCGACUACUGAAACACACACUCUCUGACCAACCACUCCCCUCCCUUCCCGUGUGCGGAUCAGCAAAGGGGAUGCGCUUUGUUGGCAGGUUUGGCAGCUGCUGCUGCCGCCGCUAUCAUCAUGCUGCUGCCACACACGGAAGCGGGGUAAAGCGGAGCUGCUGUUGUUGUGAAACAUUAUUUAUUUGAUAACUUAUAUUUAUAUACUCUAUAUCUAUGUAUCACCACGACCACCACCACCUAAUCUUGUAAUGUGUGUGUGCGUGUGUGUGUGCAAUGAUCGCAAAACAAAGAGCAAACCAAUUCUCCCCUUAAAACAACCCCCCUAUUGCCUCUCUGUUCUCGCGCCAAGCGAAGAACGGUGUGUGUGUGUGUGUUUUUGUGUGCCGUGUGUGCUCGAUGUCCCUUUUGCGGUGACAUAGAGGCGCACGCAACCACGCACACACUUAUUGUAAUAUAUUAGACGUAUGGAAAGGGAGUGAACAGACAGACGACACACAAGUGGCAAACAAGAAGAGGAAAAUUAGGGGCCCCACCAAGGCCUUAUAGUAGUUGUUUGAUAGGAAAGACAAGUAAAACAAAUCGCAAACACACACACUCACACACUCUGUAACAAGUAAUUAAUUUAAAACUACACUCCUUCCCUUUCCCACCACCACACCCCCAUUUUGUGGGGGAAAAAGGAUGCACAUAAUGUGAAUGACACAUGUACAUAAAUGACUUCCCUUCCUCAUUACCCCUGGUAGGCGAUAUCAACAUAGUGUGUAAGUAGUUUAACAAAUGCAGUUAGUGCAAGCAAGCAAGAGGGAGGUAGGUGUGUAUUGAUGCAGUGAAGAGAAGGCAACAACUAAAAAUAACAAGAAAUAUUAAGUAGUGAAUAAUAAAAAAAACAACGUUUUUAAGUAGUGAAUUACUAACAAAAAAGAAUAAAACUACCGACUCCAUCACACCACAGCCCAAACAAGCGAAACACACAAAACAAAUUGUAAUGCUAUACAUAUAUAUAAAUCUAAUGCAUAUAAAAGGAAGUGGAGAGAAAGUGACAGUAACAAAAAGAAAGUAAACAAUUUACUCAUAAACAAAACAACACAAAAAAAAAACACAAACACAAUCAAAUGUACUGUACAAAAUGUGUUACUAAAAACCUCUUUUUAACUGAGGGGAGAGAGAGAGAGAAGAAAGAGAGGAAGCAAAACAUAGGUGGGGAACAAAGAAUAAUGGUGUGAAAAAAGGUGUAUUACAAAAAAGAAGGAAAGUGUAGCCGUGUAUAGUAGAGUAAAACAAAAAAGCAAAACCACAAGAAAAGAAGCGGUAGAAAACAAGUAUGAAAUCGUACUCAUGGUGGUGAAACACCCCCUCUUUUGGUAGAGAAUGAUAAAGAGAGAGAGAGAGGGAGAGAGAGCAAGAGCAAUGAGAAGAGUGCGUCAAUGAAAGACUAAAACAGACUUUUUUGCAUCAUUAAAGGAUAAAAAAAGAGGGGAGUAGAAAAAAAAACAGUGUAAGAAGCCCAUCAUUUGUUAGGCCAAAUUUGUACUUUAACUGUAUGUAGAAUGGUAGAGAGAAGAACAACAGAAGCAAAACAAACAAAAUUAUAAAAUAUGAACAAAAAGGAGGGAGUAAAGAAGGAAGAGCGGUUCAAAAGCAAAAGGAGCAGAAUGGUCAAAAUAAUUCUCAGUUAGAUUUUUCGAAAUUAAACAAAACAAACAAACAAACAAACAGAAAAACUCACCCAAUAUAGCUAAAACCGGGGCCGUUUUUGGUGUUGUGUGUGGGUGAACCGGCGGAUGGGUAUAGGUGGAUGAAGCUGUUCAGCAAAGCCUCUCUCCGAAACGGAUGGAGAUAUUUAAGUGGUAGACAAAUUGUUUGUUUGUUUGUUUUUUGCUAUAUUUGCAAACGGAAAAGAAAGAAGCUGUAAAACGUAAAGUAAAAAAGGGAGACACAAAACAAGAAUAACAGAAAAGCAAAAACAAAUCAAACCACUAAUGCCCAUUAACAAUGACACAAAACAAACACCACCAAUAGGAGAAUGAAAGGACAGACAGAGAGAAAGAAAGAGAGAGAGAGAGGUAAAGAAAAACCAGCUAAUAAAGAUUGAUUAUCAAAUGUAAAAACGAGAAAGGAAGAGGAAAGAAUAUGAUGGGAUUUUGUGGGGGGGGAUAAUCAAUGGAGUAGAAGUGGACGCCACGAGACACAAAAACCAAGACGGUAGAGGUGGAAGAAAAACUGCAAAAACCACAAUUGGUAUAAAUUAAUUAUCUAUAUAUACAUAUAUAUGAAUUAUAUUAUAUUGGUAUCUUAACUAAUAAUACCUGUAUAUGUUAAGGUUUCGUUUACAAAAAAGGUACACAGAAAAUAAAUGGAUUAUGAUUGAAGCAUA